GCGGCGACGCGAACGCUGGCGGCGGCGGCGGCGAUGAGCGACAUUGUGGAGAAGACGCUGACGGCGCUGCCGGGUCUCUUUCUGCAGAACCAGGCGGGUGGCGGGCCCGCGGCUGCCAAGGCGCCCUUCUCCUCGCGGCUGGGCGGCCUGGUCCGCAGCAUCACUGCCCUCACUUCCAAACACGAAGAAGAGAAAUUAAUCCAGCAGGAAUUAAGUAGUUUGAAAGCAACUGUUUCUGCUCCUACUACAACACUGAAAAUGAUGAAGGAAUGUAUGGUGAGACUUAUAUAUUGUGAAAUGCUUGGAUAUGAUGCUUCCUUUGGCUAUAUACACGCAAUCAAGUUGGCCCAACAAGGAAACUUACUAGAAAAAAGAGUAGGUUACUUGGCUGUUUCUUUAUUUCUGCAUGAAAGUCAUGAACUGUUGCUGCUUCUUGUGAAUACAGUUGUAAAGGACUUGCAGAGCACUAACCUGAUAGAAGUAUGUAUGGCGCUUACUAUUGUCAGCCAGAUUUUCCCUCGAGAAAUGAUUCCAGCUGUUCUUCCAUUAAUCGAAGAUAAACUCCAACAUUCAAAGGAGAUUAUACGAAGAAAAGCUGUCCUGGCAUUAUACAAAUUCCAUCUCAUCGCUCCUAAUCAAGUACAACAUAUCCAUGUUAAAUUUCGGAAAGCACUUUGUGACAGAGAUGUUGGGGUCAUGGCUGCAUCCUUGCACAUAUACUUUAGGAUGAUUAAGGAGAAUUCAUCUGGAUAUAAAGACUUAACUGGGAGUUUUGUAACAAUUUUGAAGCAAGUAGUGGGAGGAAAGCUCCCAGUAGAUUUCAAUUACCACAGUGUGCCAGCACCAUGGCUGCAAAUUCAGCUGCUGAGAAUUCUAGGACUUCUAGGAAAAGACGAUCAAAGGACAAGUGAAUUAAUGUAUGAUGUUCUUGAUGAAUCCUUACGAAGAGCGGAGUUAAAUCACAAUGUCACAUAUGCUAUUCUGUUUGAAUGUGUACAUACAAUCUAUUCUAUUUAUCCUAAGUCGGAAUUACUUGAGAAGGCUGCCAAGUGCAUUGGAAAAUUUGUUCUGUCACCUAAAAUAAAUCUCAAAUAUUUAGGACUGAAGGCUCUUACCUAUGUUAUCCAACAGGAUCCUACUCUGGCUCUUCAACACCAGAUGACAAUAAUUGAAUGUUUAGACCAUCCUGACCCCAUUAUUAAAAGAGAGACGCUGGAACUUCUUUACAGAAUUACAAAUGCACAGAAUGUAACAGUUAUUGUUCAGAAAAUGCUUGAAUAUUUACACCAGAGUAAAGAAGAAUAUAUCAUUGUCAAUUUGGUUGGCAAAAUAGCUGAGUUGGCUGAGAAAUAUGCCCCUGAUAAUGCAUGGUUUAUUCAGACGAUGAAUGCUGUGUUUUCUGUGGGAGGAGAUGUAAUACAUCCUGAUAUUCCCAAUAACUUUCUGAGACUGUUAGCAGAAGGUUUUGAUGAUGAAACAGAAGAUCAACAAUUGAGACUCUAUGCAGUUCAGUCUUAUCUCACCUUGCUAGAUGUAGAAAACGUGUUCUAUCCACAGAGAUUUCUUCAAGUUAUGAGUUGGGUGUUAGGGGAAUAUUCCUACCUCUUAGAUAAGGAAAUGACAGAAGAAGUUAUAACCAAACUCUACAAAUUACUUAUGAAUGACUCCAUUUCUUCAGAAACAAAAGCCUGGUUAAUUGCUGCUGUAACUAAAUUGACUCCCCAAGCACAUUCUUCUACUAUAGUUGAGAAAUUAAUACAAGAAUUUACCGUAUCUUUGGAUACCUGUAUGAGACAGCAUGCAUUUGAAUUAAAACAUUUGCAUGAGAACAUGGAACUCAUGAAGAGUCUGCUUCCAGUUGAUAAGAGUUGUGAAGAUAUGAUGGUGGAUGCUUCUUUAUCUUUUCUGGAUGGUUUUGUGGCUGAAGGACUCAGUCAAGGAGCAGCACCUUACAAACCUCAUCACCAACGCCAGGAGGAAAAGCUUUCUCAAGAGAAAGGUCUCAAUUUUGAACCAUAUGGACUGUCAUUUUCAUCAUCUGGCUUCACUGGACGGCAGUCUCCUGCUGGCAUUUCACUUGGUUCAGAUGUGUCUGGGAAUAGUGCUGACACAGGGCUGAAAGAAACAAGCAGUUUGAAGCUGGAAGGUGUAAAGAAAUUGUGGGGAAAAGAGGGCUACCUGCCCAAGAAGGAGAAUAAAAUUGGUGAAGAAACUGAAGCUCCUAUUCCUCAGGAGACCACAAUAAUGGAGAGUGUGGAUCAAGCUGUAACAAAAAAGGAUCAAUCUCAAGUCCUUACCCAGUCUAAAGAGGAGAAAGAAAAGCAGCUGUUGGCAUCGUCAUUGUUUGUUGGACUAGGAUCGGAAAGUACAGUCAACUUGUUGGGAAAAGCAGAUACUGUCUCUCACAAGUUCAGAAGGAAAUCAAAAGUCAAGGAAUCCAAAAGUGAAGAAACAGCCAGUGCUUACAAUGUGACUUGUUCCUCCUUUGGUUCUUUGCCAAAUGUGGCAUAUGAAGAAGAUUAUUUGAAUACUUUGCAGGAUAGAGGAGACAAAGAAUUGAAGAAGUUUUCUCUCAGCUCAGAACUUUUGGAUCCUGAGUCGUUGACAGAACUGCCCUUGGUUGAGAAACUCUCGAAUUGCAACCUGUCUACACCGUCUUUGUUUGCUGAUAACAACAUGGAAAUUUUUCACCCUUCUCAAUGUACUACCGUCUUAUUUGCCAAGGAAAUCUCUUUAGCAUCAUCUUUGUUGGAUGAAACUGCUGAAUCCUUAAAUUCAGAUCGUAUGGAGAUCUGUGAUAAUGAAACCAUAUCAGUGUCUUCUCACAAAAUUUGCAAAGAUGACUGUUUAUUGGUGGUCUGGUUAGUCACUAAUAAGAGUAGUGCAGAAUUGAAAAGUGCUAAUUUAGAAAUUUUUCCUACAGAAAAUUUCAAGAUCACUGAGCAACCUGAAUGCUGUUUGCCUAUCACGGAAGCAGAAAAUACCAAAAUCUUUCAAUACAGUGUGCAGAUGGAGAAACCUUUUAUGCAAGGGAACCUUUGUGGUUUUGUAAAUUAUCAAAUGGUGGACACUAUUUCUGCUCAGUUGGAAUUUUCUAUGAACUUAUCACUAUUAGAUUUCAUUAGACCAUUAAAAAUCUCAACUGAAGACUUUGGCAAACUCUGGUUAUCCUUUGCAAAUGAUGUGAAGCAAAAUGUGAAAAUGUCAGACUCUCAAGCUGCUCUGCCUUCUACCCUAGAAACCCUGGAACAGAAACUAAGACUUCAUGUUGUUGACAUUAUAGGCAAUGAAGGGCUAUUGGCCUGUCAGCUGCUCCCAUCCACCCCCUGCCUCGUGCAUUGCCGAGUGUAUGCUGAUAUAUUAGCCCUGUGGUUCAGAUCUUCCUGCUCUACUCUUCCGGACUACUUACUCUAUCAGUGUCAGAAGGUGAUAGAGGGAUCCUAGCAGAAGCUCUGCUUAAUUUUACUUUAUCAAGAUAAAUGGUUUACAUAGAUAAACUUAUUUACCAAAGUAAAAAUAACUCAUGGUACUUCUAAUGAAAGUGGGGAUUAUUGCAAGUUAUGGUUUGUGGUUUUCUUUUUGAUUCUUGGUCAAGAAAGAUCCCCAAGAAACUGUAUCCCUAACCUUUUACUCAGGAUUGUACAGUAUGUUUAGGUCCCAAAAAAGUGACCUAAGCUUCUGUUAUAAACUGCUAAUGAUUUAUGUAUCAUUUAGUGUAGAGGGACUAAAAAUAUUUAUUUUGUUAUAAAUAAUUUUAUAGCAAGUUUGCUCUAGCACUAGCUAAUUUGUAGUAAAGCCAAGUUUCAGUUCUCAGCAUUAAAAGAGGGGAAACAUGAAAUUGAUACUUGUAAACCUAAUUUGUAUUUGACUUUGGGAAUACAGCGUGAUUUUUGUAGGCAGGUCAGUAGUUCCAGUUGUUUCCCUUAGAUCAAUGUUGAAUUGAGUUAUCAUAGUAAAUGCUGACAGUUGUAGGAGAUCUGUGAGCAUGCUGGAUAUUGGGAAGAUCUAAUCUGUGAUGUAUUUCUUCUUAGAGGUAAUUUGUUAUAUAUAAUUCCAGAAAAUUUGGCUAUAAAAUUGGUCUGUUUUCCACUUGCUUUAUUUUUAAAUUUAAAGUAUACUUAUUUUAAAAAUUCUGAAAAAUUUAUAAAACAUUAUUGUAUAGAGACAAACCCAUAAGAGCACACUAAAUGAAAGCAAACAGAUAAAGAACUUUUUAGUUAUGACAAACAAAUAUCUUAACUCCAUUACAAUAUAGGUCCUUUUGGCAAAUUAAAAUUUGUGACUAGAAUCUGAAUGGUAAAACAAUCUUUCCUGGCUUUUGAAUCCUCACUUAACAGAUACAGCUGAAACAGUGAGUAGGUAUACUGAUUGCACAGGUUCUUGAGCAAAAUAAAAUCAUUUUCUUGUAUGGUUCUACCUAUAUGGCCUCUGCCAGAACUGUUCUCAGUAAAAGAAGAGGAUGUGCCUGAUAUGAAUGAUGGACCAAAAUCUUGAGAUUGUAGAUUAACUGAAAUAGUGUUUUAUAAAACCUUAUGGUGCUGUGGAAAAUAUUUGUUAUUUCACUUUUUCUGAUGCUUCACCAUGGAGAUUAUUCAGGUAAUACAAUUUUAAGUCAUUGCAGUUAGUACUCUGGCUAGUUAGUACUGUUUAUCACCCAGGUUAGGAAUUCUGGCUUGAUGUUGUCACAUCAAUCAUAGAUGAUGAAUAUGCUAAGGGGAUUCCCCAGAGCUGAUAGAUGUCAUUUCAUUAAUAUUUUGUGUCUAGAGUAUUCAUCUCUAAAAACAAAAGCAGUAUUUUUUCUUGGUUAAUUUUUAAGUUAUUCAUUUUUUAAAAAGUAACAUCUUGUUAGUUGCAUUCUUUUAAGAACAUACAGUGAAACUUUGCUGCCAGAGCAAUAAAUGAUGGGAAUUACCUGCAUGAUAGGUUCCUCCUUUUGGACAGAAAUUCAGACUUACCCUCAAACUCCCACAGUGGUGAAGGGACUGUGCUGACUUGGGGGACAUGGUGGACACUGGUAUCUAGCCUCAUCAGCUUCCUCUCUAUUCCUACCUCUGUCAGCAGCACACCCCGCCCCUCACCUGAUUGUUGUUACUCUGACAAAAAGAAAGGAAUUACCCUUUCACUUUGCACAGGAAUGCAGCGUUUGGCAAAGGAGGUGCUCUAGUUUUUUUGUGGCCUUAUUUCCAUGUGUUUGCCUGGUCACUCAGGCUAGUUUGAGUGUGGCGUGAUGGGGGUAGAUGCCUCGCAAGCACAUGGACAGAGAUUACAGUGAGCUUUCUGCUGCUUUGUUGUCAGGGUGUAUUCACCAGUGGCAGCAGCAGUUGUCAUGAGAGACACACUUGGCCUACGGAGAUGGAGAUAUAUAAUGGUGGGAAAUGUGUAUUGUUAGGUUAAGGCUGGGAGCAUGAUUUUGGGUCUGCCAAAGGGAACAUGGUGUCACUUUUGUUCUUUAUGAACCUGCUAAAUAAAAAUUUACACAACAAGAUUUCUACUGAACUGUUUAGUAGAAUGUUUACAAUUUUUAUAUUUUUAUGAUUUUAAAAGUAAUAGAUAAGCAUAGCUUUUAAAGAACUUCAGAGCAGUAUAUAUUCUGCCUAAAUUCGUUGAAUGUUUUAAGUUCUAAAUCAGGCAUCACCACCUUUUUUUUUUUUUUUUCUUUUGCAUCGUGGGAGAUGUGGCUAUAAACUGGAGACUGUUGUGGUUAGACUCAUUCUCUUCACCUUGAGUCAUAAUUUAGUAGUGAAGGGGCGACUUCUGGGAAAUGGGAUCUGUGAAAAGGGUGCUCAACUGUGAGUUUUGUGCCAGGCAUCUUUGCUGAGAAUUGAGUUGGCAACAACUGUCAACGUAGGGGAAUAUAAGGGCAGACAGGAGAGCCUUCCUGGGGAGGCAGGCAGGUCCGAGGUGAGAGCUGGCAAGUCAGCCGUGAGUUAGGGUCCUGCCGGAGGAAAUCCGGUAGCAGCUGAGCAGUUUGAGUGCUCAUGUGCCAAGCGUACCAAGCACAGCAUACGCUCUGCAGAGGAGCAUUAUUUUAAACAAUAAUCUGCUAUUGUCCACCGAAAGUUUAUUUGUGGUAAAAGUGCAGUUUUUUUCUUUAUUUCAUGUCACUAAUAUUUUAAACUAUUGAGCUAUUUGUCUUAUAUUUUUAUGGAUAUAUGUGGUCUUUGUCUCAUGAUGGUGAGCCACUGAAAGUGCACUGAAACUGUUCAUGUGUCUUUAAUAUAUUUUGCGGUGUUGAAGUUCUAGGAGAAAAAUGAAGUGAAUAACAAUUGAAUAGGCAUUUAUUACCUACUUUGGGGGUUGAAUUCUGUAACUUGAAAAAGUUCAGUUGAAUGUGUAAUAAAUUCAAAGUGAUCUAUACU